CAUCACCCUACACAGUAUACAAAAUGGUUAACAUCAUCUCCAAGAAGAGAAAAUUGGUCGCUGACGGUGUCUUCUACGCCGAAUUGAACGAGUUCUUCACCAGAGAACUUGCUGAACAAGGUUAUGCUGGUUGUGAGGUCAGAGUCACCCCAACCAAGACCGAGGUUAUCGUCAGAGCCACCCAAACCAACGCUGUCUUGGGUGAGAACGGUAGAAGAAUCUUCGAGUUGACCUCCCUUGUCCAAAAGAGAUUCAGAUUCGCUCCAGGUUCCAUUGUUUUGUACGCCGAGCGUGUUCAAGACCGUGGUUUGUCCGCUGUUGCUCAAGCUGAGUCCUUGAAGUUCAAGCUUUUGAACGGUUUGGCCAUCAGAAGAGCCGCCUACGGUGUCGUCAGAUACGUCAUGGAGUCCGGUGCUAAGGGUGUCGAGGUUGUUAUCUCUGGUAAGUUGAGAGCUGCUCGUGCCAAGGCCAUGAAGUUCCAAGACGGUUUCUUGAUCCACUCUGGUCAACCAGUCAACGACUUCAUUGACGUUGCUACCAGACACGUCUUGUUGAGACAAGGUGUUCUCGGUGUUAAGGUCAAGAUCAUGAGAGACCCAGCUUCUUCUCGUGUCGGUCCAAAGUCUCUUCCAGACUACGUUAAGGUUAUCGAGCCAAAGGAGGACGACGUUGUUCCAGAGCCAACUGUCAAGUCUUACAUUGCUCAACCAGUCGAGAUCGCUCCUGCUGAGACUCAAGCUGCCCCAGUUGAUGCUUAA